ACCCGCGCGCGGGGGCGCCCUGGCCACUGAGCUCCGCCGAGCAAGCGAGCGGUCAGCGCAGAGCCAGAGCUGCGCGCGUCCGGUUCCGAGGCCGUCGCCAGCCCACCAGCAUGGCCCCCUCAGCGGCGUCGGGCGGCAGCAGCCUGCCUAGCGGUUUCGCCGUCUUCACCACCUUCCCCGACCUGCUCUUGCUCUUCGAGUUUGUCUUUGGGGGGCUGGUGUGGAUCCUGAUUGCCUCGUCCCAUGUGCCCAUCCCACUGAUCCAGGGCUGGGUCAUGUUCACGUCUGUGUUUUGCUUCAUAGCCACCACUCUCCUGCUCUUCCUGUAUGUAAUUGGUGCCCACGCCAGCAGAACUUCCUGGAUCACCCUGGAUGCAGCCUACCACUGUAUCGCCUCCCUGUUUUACUUUGGUGCCUCUGUCCUGGAAGCUUUGGCCGCCAUCCAGCUGCAAGUGGGCUUCACCUACAAAUAUUACCAUGAAAACAUCGCUGCUGUGGUGUUUUCAUUCGUAGCCACUCUGCUGUACGUGGUCCAUGCAGUGUUUUCUUUAAUCAGAUGGAAGUCUUCCUAAAGCAGCAGAAGAACUUUAGCUGAAAACCGAGAGGGUGUUAACUGAUCGGCCCGCCUUCCAGCAUAACACUUUAGAAUGCAGAAAUGCUCUUGAUAGUGGAUAAAGAAAGAGGUUUACUCUCCCAUAUACCUUCAUGUCAGAGUAGGAGGCUUGCUACAUUUAUCCUCCAACUAUUGAGCUGUCUUUCCAAGAUCGUUUCCUAUUUGAAAGGGGGCAGUGGGAGUGGGAAGUGAGGAUUGUGAUCUGAGAGACCACAAAACUGGACUGCUGACUCCUGGACCGGAUCGUGAGAACCGUCUACUGGAAUUUUCCUCCGGCUCUUUUGAGUGUCCAUCUUGCAGCAAGUUUCUCCGUCUUCAAGAAUAUUCUGUCAUGGGGAAUAAAAUUCACCCAACAAAUAUUUGCAGAUGUCCACAGUGGGAUGUGAUAAACCUUUGAAAUACUUUAUAAAGUACCUGUAUGUUCGAUA